GGCUGCGGAAGGGUAUAUAUCAGAUCCCCCUCCUGACCACAGCCUCACCAUCCAACAAGCAAUAUCAUCCAGCUACUCAAACAGCCACGCCAUUCCCAACGCCUUUAGCUUCUUCACUGCCAUUUACCCUCUCUACACUAUGUCUGCUGGCGGCGUCUACAUCACCGACAAUUACUCCGAACCCAUGGCUCCUCAGCACAACUUCGCCAACAACUUCGACUUGGACGACCCAAACCAGGCCAUGUCCGUCUACGCUCGCAUCAUGCAUGAGCACACCAAAAAGCAACUGAAGACUGCAACAAACUCCGCUCGGCGACGAUCCGAGGGUGUCUCGCCUAGUGAGAGUACCGCCUCAUCCGAGUCUGUUCGCUCGACCGAAUCAUAAUGCUUCGGUCUCUAAUCUGCACAUCCACACUGUUGUCUGUGACACAGUUGGCACACUUCGUCCAUUGAUUGGCGAUUGUACGAACAUUUCUACAGUUUUGCAUGAACACGAGCAUGAAAGGCGUUGAACCGAAGGGGAUCCAGAGCAAUGCUCAGGGGCGGCGUCACUUGUAUAAGCCGUUUCGUAUCGAUACCAUU